UUUUCCAAAGAAGUUACUCCAGUAACUGUAACUCGUUACUUCCUCUCUCUGUCUGAAGCAACACGAUGAUGUUGCACAACAACUUUACGGCUGGAGGAGGAGACGGCUGGAAAACCACAGCUGGAGAAGAACGGAAAAUCUGAGUAACUGGACGGAACCACAGAGGAAGAAGAAGAUCCAGAUUAAUCCAGAUUAAUCCAGAUUCAACAGGAGAAACAGAAAAAGGUCCAGAAAGAAAAAGUUGUGUUUGGAUGCUGAGUGGCUGAAACAGAGCAGAGGAGUUCUUCUGUCUGACCCGACUCUCUGGUGGUUCUGCUGGGAAAAGCUUCAGCAGACCCGGUGGAUCCGGAUCCUUCAAACGGAGAGCUGGUUCUGGUUCUGGUCCAGGCUUGAGAGAGAGACGAGAAAAACAAAAAGUUUCUCUAAACGAAGGAGGAAAAGAGAGAAGAAGACGUUUAUUAAGAAACACGAGGCAGCAGGUCAGACUGGGAUCAUCAUCAGAAACUGAACCAAACUGACCAGCAGCUCUUCAUCUUCAUCAUCACUUCCUCCCAGUCUGACCCAGUAGAACCAGUCUGAGCUGAUCCACAUCAAACCAGUUUGUGGAAACAGAUUGUUGUGAUUUCAGAGUCAGAGACCCAGAGGUCACAGCUUCCUCCAUCCUGAAGGUCAAAGGUCAGAAGCUGAGCCAGAGGAUCAGACUGUAAAUAUUUAAUAUUGAUCAGAUUUUAUAUCAAACUGCAGAUCAAUUUAAUCUGAUAUCAACUUCAGCAGGAGGUUGUUUUAAUAUCUGAGUGUUUCUGUGUCUUUAAGGAGCAACAGAGAGAAGAAGGACAGAGAAGGUUGUCACCAUGGCAACUUCAUCACAGAAAACCAAAACAUCACCUCAGACUCCCUCUCCUCCAUCAAAGGAAGUAAAAAUUAAGUAUGAAGAAUUAUCUCUGGGUCUGUUGAACAUUAACGGUCUGAGAAACAAAACUCAUGAAGUUAAACACAUUAUUGCUCGUGAUAAACUCCAUGUUGUUGCUCUGUGUGAAACUAAACUGAACAUCAACGUUGAAGAGAGCAAGGUUCAUAUACCAGGAUUCAGUAUGUGGAGGAAAGACGGACCCACGAAUCAAAGGGCUGCAGGAGGAAUCGCUCUGUACAUUCAGGAUCAUAUUAAAACCAGAUUAAGACCCGACCUGAUGACGGCUGAAGCUGAUGAGGAGAAUCCUGAAGAUGAGGAGGAUGAUUCUGAAGCUGAUGAGGAUGAUCUUGAAGCUAACAAGAAGAAUCCCAAAGCUGACAUCAUUUGGGUUGAGUUAGAUCUUCCUAAAGCUGGAGAAACAGACCAGGAAAACAGACAGGUUUUACUGGGAUGUUGUUACAUAUCUGUAAAAGCUAAAAAAUUUUAUUUGAAACACAUCAGUGAGACAACAACUCUGUUGUCAGAGAAAGACAAAGAUAAAGACAUUUUCCUGAUGGGUGACUUUAACAUUGACUGGUUGUCAAACUCUGAGGAGAAAGAAGCUGAUGAUUUUAUAUCUGAACAGGGUUGGUCUCAGAUCGUUAAAGUUCCUACCAGGUUGACUCUGGAUACAGCAACAUGCAUUGAUCACAUUUAUACUAAUGUAAAAGGAAGGGGUUCUUUAAAACCAGAAUCCAUUCCUACAGGCUGCAGUGACCAUAACCUCAUUACCGUGAAGAUAGAUGGAAACAUUCCUGAGAGUAAAGGAAAGUUUAGACCAAACCAGUUUGAUAAAGACAAUUUUCAGAAAGAAAUAGAAGGUGUUCAGUGGAAUGAGGUCUGUACACUGACUAGGGAUAAUCAAUCUUUACAGGAAGCUCUGAACAAGUUUACUAAGGAAUUUCUCCAAGUAGCAGAUAAACAUGCGAAGCUAAACACCAAAAAUAUUUAUAUGUUAUUGAAGUUGGUUGGUUUGGAAUAUACAUUAUGUAAACGAGACAGAAAAAAAGAAGAAGUUAUAAAUAUGAUUUUUAAAUUUAUAGAGACCAAAAAACAGGCUCAGAUAGAGAUUAACAAUUAUCUGAAAGGGAAAAAGGAAGAAGGUGAAAAUGAUGCUACAAAAAAUACUAAAAAAACUUCUCGUAAAAGCAAGAAUAAAUCUCAGGGAGCUGCAGCCAAAGAAGGAGAUGAUACAAAGCAAAUCCAUCAAACCAACCCUGAAAAUUCAGAUUUAAAAUCUGGACUUAAAGUCUUUCUGGUAGAACAGAAGAAGAAAAAUGAAAAUCAGGAAUCUAUCUUUAAAAUAACUAAAAUUGAAGCAAUGAAGAAAUGGUUGAAGUAUAUCUGUGAUCAUGUGGUUAUGUUCAUAGAUGAAACUGAAGCUGCAAUGUGGGAACUUGCAGCUGGUUUUAUCUCUGUUCCACUCCGUGAAAUCCUGAAUGAAAUCAUCAAGACUGGGAAGUUUCCUAAUGAUCUUAAAAAAAUCAAAUCAUUCUCAUUUUCAACAAACAAUUAUAAUGAUAUUAGACAGAAAAGUGGUGCUGUCAGAGUUCACAUCAUAUUAAGUUACAUAUUUGAUGUCAUUCUUUAUGAGCAGGCAAAACCGUUCUUUAUUGGGGAUGCACUGAACUCUCAAGAAACAUUUAAAAAAAAACUGGAGCAAAUAAAAACUGAUGAAUGCAAACUGGUUAAAACAAACAGAGUGGUUGAAGCUGUGCUCCUGGAUUUCACUUCUUACUUUGACAAAAUCAGUCAUGAUCUGCUGAUUACCAAACUGAAGGAAUCUGGUUUCUCAGAAUCAGAUCUUAAACUGAUAAAAAGUUUUCUUUCCAUCCAUGAAGGUUCCUCUGGUUUGCCUGGAGGAAGCUGCCUCACUCAGCUCGUCCACAUGAUCAUUAUUAAUGAUCUAAAGAAAACCUUAGAACCAUCUGCUGUUAUCUGUAACAAUUACAUGAUGAUCUAUGGAAAUAAGUCAGAGUUAAAUGAAAAAAUGAAGAAAGUGAGAGAAAGGGCCAAACAGUUCAACAUUUCAUUUGAAGAUAAACGAAAACUAUUCAAACCCUCUGAGCUGUCAGCCAUGUUUAAAAUCCUUGACUCCAUGAUUCGUUGCCAUGGAAACAAAUCAAACUGGUUCAGAGCUCCUGGGAACAUAGUGAAGCAAAAUGGUGACUGGGAAUACGACAAUGUCUCAAAGGAACUAGAGCUACACUUUGGUAAAGAAUAUAUAGUUAAGCCUGAAAUCGUAAAAAAUACAGCGCAGGAAUCCCAAACACAAAAUAAGAAACGUCCUGCAGGCUCUGCUGGUGACGCCGGCGGCUCUGGACGUUCAAGCCUUUCACAAAAAAAACGUGAAGAGUAAAACAAAAAUAUGAAAAGGAUUCAAAUUCUGGAGGUUUUAUCAAUACAGGCAACACUAAAAACAUGAAGGUGAUCAAAGUUCAGAUGAAAAAUACUAAGAGAAGCUAAAGUCAAAUGAAUCUACAGAUCCAGAUAAAACUCCCAGAAAUAUUUAAAAAUUCAAACAGGAUUUUUUUUCCUGCUGACAGAGAAACUGAAUCACAAACAAAUCAAAUGACAGAAAAACUAAACUUUGUAUGAUUUAUUGUUUGCUUCU